UAUAUUCAGAAGCAUCAAGUCCCUUACAAAAGCACUAGCCUUCUUAAGGAAAUUUAAACUUCAUAAACAUAGCCAAGAGUUUCAAGAAAUCAAGAUUAAAUUAGAAAAUGAGUUCAACAAGCAGUGCAUGGCUUGCAGCAGUAAGCGUGGGAGUGGCAGAGGCACUCAAAGAUCAAGGACUUUGUAGGUGGAAUUACACCAUCAAAGCCAUAAAUCAGCACACCAAGAACAACUUGAGGUCAUACUUACAGGCCAAGAAGUUCUCUUCUCAAUCUUCUUCUUUGGUUUCUGCUAACAGUAAAGUGAAGCAAUCUGAAGAGUCUCUGAGGAAAGUCAUGUACUUGAGCUGUUGGGGUCCUAAUUGAAUGUUACAGUUAGUGUUGUAUUUAUGUAAUUUUAGCUUGAGGCUAAAUUGCCUAGUACAUAAAUUAAUGGACAGAAAUAUUUAUGCAA